AGGAUCUGGGGGACCUGGUGAAGAGGGACUGGAGGGUUCUCAUGGAACAGCUCUAAGGGACCCUGGACCAGCAGCCAACCUGUUCAGCUCAGCCUCCUGGACUCCCUAGAUAGAUGUUAUCAUGAAGGUGCUGUCCAGGCUCUGUGUCGCUCGUUUGCCCCCUCCACCCAGACCACUGCUGUCAUGGAGGAACUUAACACAUGUACUGCCUCUCUCACUCAUUCUGACACAUCUCAGAGUCUAGCAACCUCAAGGAAUUCAACCAUUAAGUUAACAGGUGAUCAUGACAAACGUGAUUCAGAGGGGUCUAUUUUCCUGCUCUGUGGUGAGAGGGGUUGUGGGAAGUCCUCACUGGCCGCCUGGUGGCUUCAGGAGUUCCGGAAGAGGAACCCUAGAAUCCCAGCCAUCCCUCACUUCUGUGGAAUCAGCAGCUCCAGUGUGGAUAUCAGAUCUGUACUGAGACACAUCACCACUGAGCUACGCCUGGCCCAUUACGGCCCCCAGGCUGAGUGGAGUGAAGGGUUGCAGCAUCAUGUAAAGCCCAGGUCAUUCCAUGUUGUGGUUCAGGCCUUCUCUGCUGCAGCUGCUCUAGGACCCUGUGUUCUGGUUCUGGAUGGACUGGACAGACUGACCGGGUCUCUUGGGCUCUCAAUGCAGGAGGUGAAGGACCUACGCUGGCUCCCUGACCUUCUGCCCCCCAGUGUAAGCUCCUUAUCACAGCGACCUCCACAGACCUCACCUACCAGAGGCUGACCCUCCGCCGCAGCGUCCUACUCCAACACCUUACCCUGCCCUGCCUGGAGCCACACAGGACCCUGCUGCAAUUCAUCUUGGGGACCACUACCAGGCUGGGAAUGGGUCUCCUGCCGCUGUUCCUGGCGGUGGUGGCUAGCGAGCUGCAGACGUGCUGUGUCCUGAGGGGAAAGGAGGAGGAGGAGGAGUUGUACUCCCGAGUGGCGCAGUGGUCUAAGGCACUGCAUGG